AUGACUACUUCAACAAGCCCUGUGAUACCCACCGGUUCGACGAUCCUCGUUACUGGGGCCAAUGGAUUUAUCGCAUCACAUGUAGCCGAUCAAUUCAUCAAGAAUGGUUACAAGGUUCGCGGUACUGUUCGGGACAUCGAGAAGAGCAGCUGGCUCAACGCCUACUUUGAAAAGACUUAUGGCAAGGGCCACUUUGAACUGGUCUCAGUUCCAGAUAUGCUUGCAGGAAACGCUUAUGACGAAGUCGUGAAAGGUAGUGUCUCCGCUUUCAUUCAUACGGCAUCCAUAGUCAGCUUUGACCCUGACCCAAACAACGUCAUUCCGACCGCGAAAGAGAGCGCCUUGGUUGCCCUCAAGGCUUCAUACAAGGAGCCGAGCGUAAAGCGCUUCGUGCUAACUUCAUCAUCGUCAACGACAUUAGCCGCGAAUCCUGAAACUUUCAUGGAGAUGAAGGGGGCGGUUGUGACCGAAGACACUUGGAGCCCUGACGCGAAAGAACUGGCCUGGACGCCGGGCCCGUGGGGUCCUGAGCAUGGCGCUUUCGUCUAUGUUGCCAGUAAGGUUGAGCAAGAGCAAGCCGUUUGGAAAUACCACGAAGAGAACAAGUCCAAACGCCCUGACCUCGUUGUCAAUUCUGUCCUGCCCAGCAUGAACCUGGGAAAGAGUCUUGAUGUUGUAAACCAGGGACACAGGUCUACUUCAGGUUUCAUCCUGCCUUUCCUCGAGGGACAGAGAAUGCCUCCUCACUUCAGCCACCCCCAAUACUUCAUCGAUGUACAGGACGACGCUAUUCUGCAUGUGGCUGCCGCUAUUUUACCUGAUGUCAAAAGCGAACGCAUCUUUGGUUUCGCUGAGUCGUUCUGCUGGGAUGAUGUUCUCAAAAUCUUGCGCAAGCAGCACCCGGGCAAGAACAUCCACGAAAACUUUGCCAGCGAACCUUUCCCAGUUAUCAUCAAGCCCGUCGACCGCGCUGAGGCACUAUUGAAGAGGAUGGGACAGCCUGGUUGGACUUCCCUGGAGGACAGCUUGCGGAUGAACACAGAGGACCUCAAAGCUGAAAUUUCUGCCUGA